AUGGCCACGGACACGGCAGCAAUGGGGGGCACGCUGGGGGGGACAGGCCAGAAGAACGCUAACGCGGGGUUCCUGCGCGCUGGCACCGGCCCGCCCGGGGCUGCCUUUGGCUCGGCGCUCCCGCAGCGGGUCCGGCCGGAGCCGGGAGGGCACGGGCGGGCACCGCCGGGCCGGGGGACCGCCCCAGCCGCGUUGGAAAAGUAUCCCAACUCACCAAUGACUGCAAAACAAAUACUGGAAGUCAUUCAGAAAGAAGGGUUAAAAGAAACAAGUGGAACCUCUCCAUUAGCUUGCCUGAAUGCAAUGCUUCAUACUAACACUCGUGUAGGUGAUGGAACAUUCUUCAAAAUCCCUGGGAAAUCAGGACUCUAUGCUCUCAAAAAAGAAGAAUCAACAUGCCCUACUGAUGGAACAUUGGAUUUAGGAUGUGAAUCUGAGUUAGAUGGCACUGAAAUGGCUGAGACAAACAAUAAUAAUGGAGAAGAAAAUGGUGUUUGCCCAAAGCAGACAUCUGAGGAAAUGUCUUCCAAUCGUGAUUCAAGCCUUACUAAUGCACCGGUGCAAAGCAAGCUAGUAUCUUCCUUCCAGCAGCACACAAAGAAAGCACUUAAACAGGCUUUGAGACAACAGCAGAAAAGAAGAAAUGGAGUCUCAAUGAUGGUAAACAAGACUGUUCCUCGUGUUGUUUUGACACCAUUAAAGGUGUCCGAUGAGCAGUCGGAUUCACCUUCAGGAUCGGAAUCUAAAAAUGGUGAAGCAGAUGGUUCUGAUAAGGAGAUGAAACAUGGGCAAAAGUCUCCAACUGGAAAGCAAACAAGCCAGCACUUAAAGAGGUUAAAAAAAUCUGGUUUAGGACAUUUGAAAUGGACCAAAGCUGAGGAUAUUGACAUAGAAACACCGGGAUCUAUUCUAGUGAACACUAACCUGAGGGCUUUAAUAAAUAAACACACCUUUGCUUCUUUACCUCAGCAUUUUCAACAAUACCUCCUGCUUUUGCUUCCAGAAGUAGACAGGCAGAUGGGGAGCGAUGGAGUUUUGCGCCUCAGUAGCUCCGCUCUAAAUAACGAGUUCUUCGCCUAUGCAGCGCAAGGGUGGAAACAGCGACUGGCAGAAGGAGAAUUUACACCAGAAAUGCAGUUGCGCAUCAGACAAGAGAUUGAAAAGGAAAAGAAAACAGAACCUUGGAAAGAAAAAUUCUUUGAAAGGUUUUAUGGUGAAAAGUUGGGAAUGUCAAGAGGAGAAUCAAAGAAGCUCACUGCAGUGCAGAACAAUGAUGAAGAUGAAAGCAAUUCUUUGUGCAGAUCUUCUGGCACACCUGGUCCUUCUAAGAAAGCAACCUUUGAGGAUCAAGAGGAGAAAGGUGCUAAAGUUCAACCUUUACCAGAGAGAGAUUAUAGUCCAUCUCCUUGUAGUAUGGAACAGGUUCCUGUCAAGGAUCUAACAGCAGAUUCUGAGGAUAUACUGAUACCUGAAGAAUCAGUCAUUCAGGAGGAAAUUGCUGAAGAGGUCGAGACAAGUAUUUGUGAAUGCCAGGAGGAGAACCAUAAGCCAGAACAUGAGUUUUCGGAGGAGUCUGUAAGUCCAGCUGGCACAAAUGAGGAAACAGAGGCAGUACAGCUUGCAGAAAGCACUGAGUCCUGUGUCAUGAUGAAUGAUGUAACUGAUACUGUAUCUCGCAUUGAAAUUACUAAAGUAGAGUUGAAGUCAGAAUGCCCUCAGGAGGAGAUGUCAGUUGUGAUAGAUCAGCUGGAAGAUUGCAUAUCACCAGCACGAUCAGCUUCAUCCACAAACUCUGUCAGCUGUACAGCUGAGAAGGAUUCUGAGUCUGCAAAAGAACUAAUUGGGCCAGAAAUGCAAAGUGCUGCUCUGGAAGGCUCCUUGUUCACUGGUGGAGGCAUUGCAGUGGAUAUGGAGCUUCAUAGCGACCCUGAGGAGCAGUUGUCUGAGAAUGCUUGUAUUUCUGAAACUUCUUUUUCCUCUGGAAGUCCAGAAGUUUGUAUUGCCUCUCCUGGAGGAGACACUCAGUCAACUUCAGAGGAACCCUGUACUCCAGCAUCUCUUGAAACAGCUUGCUCAUCUGAAGUGUCCAAUUCUGAAAAUAUUGAAGGUGAUAUUCAGCAAAAGGCCAGUGAUGAAAACUUGAACACACCCUUAAUGUCAGAAAUCUCUCCGAUGUCCACCUCACCUGUAACCUCAGAAGCAUCUUUGAUGUCAAAUUUACCUUUAACAUCAGAGGCAUCACCAGCUUCUAAUUUACCUUUAACAUCAGAAACGUCUCCAAUGUCUGAUUUGCCUUUAACAUCAGAAACAUCUUCAGUAUCUUCUGUUCUUCUAACUUCUGAAACAUUUGUGACAAAUAGUUUGCCUCUUCCAUCAGAGAUAUCUCCAGUCUCUAAUUCUCCAAGCAGUGAAAGACUUACUCUGCAACAAAGAAAAUCACCAUGUUUGUUGGAAGACUCCCUUCCCACUCUGAAAGAAGAAAGCUCUGUCAUUCCUAAGAUGGUUCAAGAAGAGAAUCUUGUUCAGCCAAAACAAGUUCAGAGUGCCCCUGAAAAUAUGAAAGUUGGUCCACUAACAAUUAUACCUGAUACUUCAGUAUUGGAAGAGUCCCAAAGCAAAAAUAUCAGUCAUCAGCCAUGUAAGUCACAUUCUGAAAUUGAGAAAUCCUACAUUGCAUCCAUCCCAGAACACACUCCUCCAGAGGUGAUCAAAAAUAAAAAUCACAGUGUUCACCAAAGAGGUGACAAGAAAGGUACACUCUUGCCCUCAGAGGUGUCUGUCUUAUCAGAAGGAUCACUUUGCAAAAAUAUCGAAUUGCUUCCAUCAAAGCCACAUGAUAAACUAUAUACCUCAUCUCUAGAGAAAGCUACAUUCUCUGAAGCGUGCAGAAGUAAAUCUCACAAGCUAACAGGCAGUACCCAAAGUCGUCUAGAGAGUUCGCAUUCUUCCAAGUCUUUAGAACCCACAAAAUCACCAGAAGCAAGAAAUGAAAGUAGAGACCCAGAGAUCCCAAAGAGGAAAACAGCAGAACAGCAUGGGUUUGGAAUCUGUAAAGAGAAGAGAGCUAGAAUAGAUGAUGAUCUGCCUAAUCGUAGUGCUUCAUCAACAAGUCCGUCUGAUAAAGAACAGCCGCCCAGAGAGGAGCCACGAGUUCCACCCCUUAAGAUUCAGCUUUCAAAGAUUGGACCACCUUUUAUCAUCAAGAGCCAGCCUGUUUCUAAACCAGAACCUCGAGUUUCCCCAAGUACAUCAGUCAGCAGUGGGAGAAACACUGGGGCUAGAACUCUGGCAGAUAUCAAAGCAAGAGCUCAGCAAGCAAGAGCCCAAAGAGAAGCUGCAGCUGCAGCAGCCGUGGCAGCAGCUGCCAGCAUAGUCUCUGGUGCAAUGGGAGCCCCGUGUGAAGGUGGAAAGACAAGAACGCUGGCACACAUCAAGGAGCAAACAAAGGCCAAGCUAUUUGCAAAGCAUCAAGCCAGAGCUCAUUUACUCCAGACCAAUAAAGAAUCAAAGUCACAGUUUGGCUCAAAGGAAAGUAGUACCUCAUCUCUGGAGAUACCAACGACUACUGACACAAAGAUUGAAGGUUCUACUGGUGUCAUUAUAGUUAAUCCUAACUGCAGGUCCCCUAGCAACAAGUCUUCUCAUCACCGUGAGACCACCACUUUAUUGCAGCAGUCCCUUAACACAGCUACAUUACCAGAAACUGCUACUGAGAUAUCUGUGCACAGUUCAGAUGAAAAUAUACCUGUGCCACAAUUGUGUGAGAAAAUUAUUUCAUCUACCUCUACCGAAAGUAACAGUGUGCCAGUACUUUAUAAUAAAAGUUCAGUCUCUGUGUGUGUUUGCAGCACUGCUAUGUCUGGAGCAAUUAAAGAACUUUCUUUUGCAAGUUCUGUUGAUAAAUCCUCUGUGUUAAUGUCUGUUGACAGCGCAAACACAGCAAUUUCAGCCUGUAAUAUAAAUAUGCUGAAAACCAUCCAAGGGGCUGAUACUCCAUGCAUAACUGUUGGACCAAAAUGUAUUGAUAACAGUAAUGUACCGGUCUCCAUAGACAACACAGUCUUAUCAAAUGCCAUCGAUGACAAAAGGUUGCCAGUACCCAGUAGCAAUGUGAAUAACGCAGUCUCCAGUCAUUAUGCCACUGUGCCAGCUUCAUCUAUUGCAAGUAACUUGCCAAAUCAUCUCUCUGGUAGUUCUGUACUGAUUCCCCCAGUGGGGACUACCAACAGAUUUCCUUCUGAUAAGAUAGCCAUAACCAGGUGUAGCGAGCAGAGCACUGUCUCCAUCCACACUACCGUCAGGUCAGCUUUAAGUUGCAGUGAGGCCCUUGCAGCAGCAGAUUCUGUUGCAAGGCCACCUAUCUCAAUGUUUACUGGUAACAUGGUGACAAUAAGCUCUUAUGAUAACGCUGCUAAGUUGAAUGCUGAUCUCUUAGAAAAAAGCUCUGGAACACGAAACCGGAUGGAUCUCUCUGGUAAAUCUCAUCCGCUGAGCUUUACACAAACUGCCGUGAAUAGGUCUAUACCUUGUAAAGUCAUUGUUGACCACACUACGAACCAGAAUUCCAGUCUGUCACUUCCUUCCUCUAUUGAAAAUGUAGAGAACAGCAUUGACCUGCAGAGCAGACCUGUAAGGACAGAAGCUGCCUUACAAAGUAUAGCUUGUCCUCAGGUGUCUGUCAUAAGCAGGCCUGAAGUGGUUGCUAAUGAAAACCUUGAGCACAGUUCCAGCUUUAUCGCCAUUACAGCAAAGCAAGACAGCAAAAACUUGCAGGCAGGUUGUUCAAGUCUUCGAGAAGUGCCUCUUGCUCCUCAAGAUAAAUUAAUUGAGGUGGUUACUACCAGCCAAGGCUUUGCUGAGCAACUAAGAGGUCCUUCAGCACUGAAAAAUGAAGCCAAUGCUGCCUGUGCCAAUCAGUACAACUCUAACAAUAGAAUUUGUUGGCGUGAUGAGGAGGCAAUGAAUACAGACCAGCCAGUGGUCAGCCAUCUUACCUCUGGUAAACAUAAGGAGUACGCAGAGCAAAACUGCUUGAAAAAUGUCAAAAGCGAACCUUCCAGUUACACACAAAUGUCAGAACUGCAGUCCAGGAGUCUUUUGACAAGCAUUGGUGUUCCUGUUAAACUGGAAACUAAUGAGACUGACAAGUGCUUCAGGAUGGACACCGAGGAUUUUACAGGACCUGAAAUGCCUGCCCAGACUGCAGAAAUAGCCACGAGUGUGCAGCCGCCACAGACCUCCAAGACAUCCAUCGCUGACUCCAUGGAAGACUCCCUGUCCCUGACAACAGAAACCCUAAAGAGAGUUACGAGUGCCGGGGGCUCUAGCUGUCGCCUGUCGUCAGUGGAGGCCAACAAUCCCUUAGUGACACAGUUACUGCAAGGCAAUCUGCCUUUAGAAAAAGUGCUGCCGCAGCCCAGAUCAGGAGCCAAACUAGAAAUUAACAGGCUUCCCUUGCCUUUGCAAACUACCUCAGUAUGUAAAACAGUAGUGGCUGAGAGAAAUGUUGUUGAACAUGCUUCCAACUCUCCUAAUCCAGAUGGUAAAGGAUUUACAGCAGGCAGCAUAGCCCCGCUACAAAUCAGAAAGCGUGAAAACCAUCCGAAAAAGAGGAUGGCCAGGACUAUAGGGGAACAUGCUCAAAUUAAAUGUGAGCCUGGGAAGGUGUCAAUGGACACAGAUGUUAAAGUGGCUCCUUGUGUAAUUAGUUCCAGCAUGAAUCAGCUAGGGCACGGACAGCCAUUUAAGCAGGAGUGGCUUAACAAACAUGCCAUUCAGAGCCGGAUCGCUCACAGCCCAGAGAUCAAGCAGCAGAAGAGACCGUUGCCUUCAUGUAGUUUCCAGCAGAGCUUAUUUCACGUUGAUAAAAAUGGCAGCUUUCACGCAGAAGCCAGUACCUCACAUAGACAGCAUUUUUACCAAAUGUCCAUGGCUGCGAGAGGCCCCAUUCCUACAGCAGCUUUGUUGCAAACUACUUCAAAAGGCCCACCUGGCUGCAACUCAUUUGCUUUUAGCAGACACCUGGAACAGAAGGGUUUGGGAGACGUGAAUAUUUCUACAGCAGCUCACCAGCUGAGGCUAGGAAGUGUGUUUUCCCCUAAUAUUCAAAUUAAGGAAGGUGAUGACAUUGCCAGUGCCUCUCAAACUCUGCAGAGUAAAACAUUAGUGCAUCCCCCUGCUCCCCCUCCGCCCCUGCCACCUCCUCCCCCUCCUCACCCGAAUGCAGAAGUCCCCUCUGAUCAAAAACAACCGACAGUUACUAUGGAAACCACUAAAAGACUUAGUUGGCCUCAGCCAGCAAGCAUCUGUAGCAAUAUAAAAUCUGAACCUAUUUCUUUUGAGGAAGGUUUAAGCAGCAGCUGCGAACUGGGCAUGAAACAAGCUUCCUAUGAUCAGAACGAAGUGAAAGAACAGUUAAAAGCGUUUGCAUUAAAAAAUGCAGACUUCUCUUCCUAUUUACUUUCUGAGCCACAGAAGCCUUUUACCCAACUUGCUGCUCAGAAAAUACAGACGCAGCACCCACAGCAGCAGCAACAGCAGCAGCUCUGUGGAAAUUAUCCAACAAUACACUUCGGUAGCACAAGUUUCAAAAGGGCAGCAUCUGCAAUUGAGAAAUCGAUUGGGAUUUUAGGAAGUGGUUCAAACACUGCCACAGGCCUGUCUAACCAGAACGCGCAGAUCCCGGUUCAGAAAUUUGCUGACAGCAGCAACGCCGAUGAGCUGGAACUGAAAUGCUCCUGCAGGCUGAAAGCCAUGAUCGUGUGCAAAGGCUGCGGAGCCUUCUGUCAUGAUGACUGCAUAGGGCCUUCCAAACUGUGUGUAGCUUGUCUGGUGGUGCGGUAGGAGCUCAGUCAAAGAUGCAGUAUCCCUUAUAAACAUGGGAGAGCAGGACAAAGGAACAGAGAAAUUGGAACAGUUUAGGCCACUAAUGGUUUGCAAUGAGUGGAUUGAUUUUUAUGUGGUUUUUAAUUGUCUUUUUUUUAAUUUGGUUUGGUUUGGUUUUUUCUCCUACGAGGUGCUUUCAGAACUUAGUUAUUCUGCCUGAGUGCCAUUUUCUGGGAAGAAGAGGAGACCUGUAGAAGUAGUUUAAGAAAAAGAUAGCCUUGUUACUGAGGCAUCUAUGAGCUCUCUUGCUGUGCUAAAAAGAAAAAGCAAAAUGCAUUAAUGCAUGUAAUUCGUAGCUUCUAUUUAUUUGCACAAAGUGCAGCACAUUUUUUCUCCACUGUUUGAUAUUUGAUAUGAGCUGCAGGUUAAAGAUCAGUGGAAGAAUAGCACUGUAAGAAGUGGAGUAACUAUGCAGAAUGAAUAACACACUGAAUAGCAGCUGGUGUGAGCGGGGUAGUGGCAAGGUGUGGGGUGCCGACCAUUGUAGGUUCUAAGUCAGUUUGCAUUCUCUCUGCUGACAAGAUUGUUUUCUUCAAUUGACUUUGCUAUCUAGGGCUAAAAUAUAGUCACUUCACCUAACAAAAGAAAUUUAAAAGAGGCAUUUAGUUGGUUAGAGAAGUUUCCUUAUGUGCCUGCCAGGUACUGUGGAACUCAAAUCUUACUCAUCAUCUCUUCUUUGUUGAUUCCUUGAGAAAGAUUUCUACAUGUGGUGAGUUAGUGGGACCAACACUGGAAACACAUGGGCUUCAGUAGAGUCUGGAGAAGGUAUUUUCUCUGCUGGAGAUUAGAGAUCUCUUUUCCUGUUUCUCACUCAAAUGGUAUUUAUUCAUAUUUGUCUCUCUAAUCCUUCCACUAGGUUUGUCAGUCCCAAAUAUAUAUAAAAAUAAGGUCAAACAUAGGUCACUGGUUCUCGAGGUUGUAGUCUUUCUGUGGCCUAAAAAUGAUGCAUUAUUCUGAUGAAUGAAUAAGGAAAGAUUUUAAUUGCAUAUUGGUUGAAUGUUAGCUUAUAAUUUCUUUUUCCUCUUAUUGAGUUACUCUAUUUAAAUAACAUCUCAGAGUUUUUCCAUUUAAAGUAAUUCUUAGAAGUACUUACAACACUGACUUUUUUUCUCUCAAAGAAAGUCAGACCCCUUUUAGAAAUUUGGAAGCAAAGUGUAUUUUUAAAAGGGAUACUGCAUCUUUAAAGUAACCUUCAGUAAUUAUCCAGUACUGUAUUUACAUUCAGGACUAUAGCUGCAUUCCAGAUGUGCUAGCCACCAUAACAGCAGAAAAGAAAAACGAUGAUUUUGGAGUCUUAUUCACCUAAAAGGAAAAUAUUAUAAAGGGAUAAAGCACAUGCAGUUGAUGGGGAGAUAAAAACACUUUGGGUUUUUCUUUACUCCCACUUCAAGAACACAACAUGUGGAGUUCAAGUCAUCCAUCUGCCAGUAUGUGGUUGGGUCUGCCCAAAUGUCAGCAUCAAGAGAAACAGGUUUUUUUUACCAUCACAGUAGAACCUCACUAAUCCAAAGACCUUACAGCCUGCCCAAGAAAACUAAUUUUCCUUGCAUGUUUUUAAGAGAGCAGUGUAGUAAGAAUGUGUGAGAUGUAAGACUGCUUGGUUUCAUCGUGCAGUGAGCUGUUGCAUUCUGAAGUACUAAUGUGAAUGAUAGAGCUACAUUUAGGAAAUGAAAAGUAUGCUAUAUUUUAGAGCAUGCUUUUUUUGUCUGAUCUUUGUUUGUGUGCUUUUCAUCAGCUGUAACUGGUCUCCCUAACUCGGGGGCAUAUUAGUGAGGUUCUGCUGAAUGAAGGAAUCAUAUUUAUUUUCUUGCGGGACCAUAUUCACAAACAUGAUAAAUGCCGUUUAUUGUCUUAAAAGUGAGCUGGAAUAUCUACAACAUACAUUCCUGUCAUAGGAAGCUCUAUGGUGCACCUUGAUGUUCUCUUUUAUUGUAAUUAGCAACAUAUCAAUAUUAUUUUUGACACUGUGUGGUACAAAGGCCAUUUGUAAGAACUAACAAAUUUGUUGCUGAUACAAUAAUACUUUUUUUUUUUUUCUAUACAAAAGUGCUCCUUAAUAUGACACGUGAACUAAGGAAUGGCUUCUCAGCACUUUCAGGUCUUCUGGUAGGAAAAUAAGCCAGCCAAGCAAAAACCUAAAAGUAACCAAGUGAAAAUUAGCAUCCACUGCUAUGCCAGCUGGUGAAAUAGCAACUGAGCAAUACUCAUGAGUAAGCAUGAGUGUAGUCAGUUAAUGUAUAUCAGAUUCAUAGUUGAGGAGCCUUUGUAUUGGAAUUGUAUUGCAUUGUAUUUAUACUUGGUAGAGCUAGGAUCUUCUAUUUAACAAAAAAAAAAAAAAAAAAAAAAAAAAAAAAAAAAAAAAAAAAAGAGCAACCAGUCUUAGACUUCUAUUUACCUAUGUUUAUAUAAGCCUGCUGGGAAUCCUUAUUUCUAGCUCAGGUUUUCCUGUCCACAGCACAUAAGUCAAUAUUUCUUUGUACUUGCAUCUUAAAUUAGUUCUUGUAUUGACUGACAUAAUACAGAAAUAAAUUCUGGCCACAACAUAGGUUUCCUUUGUGUGAAGGGUAAGAGUGUGACUAAUGUGGUAGGUCACUCAUUCAUGUCCUACUGUCAUUUUUGUAUCAGGAUUGCAACUUGCAUGUGUGAGGUCAUGACAAAAUGUAUUUAAAAUGUCAUUAGACUGGAUGGUGCUAUGUUACAUUACACAACUGACCAAACUCUUCCAUAGUGCAAUUCCACUCCUUUCAUUUUGGAGUCAUUGGAGAUGCACCAGGAAUAAAUUUGAGCAAAUAGUUAGCAACAGUGGUGAAGUGUUGUUACGGAUUAGGUUUAGGGUAUGAAAAUACUCAAAAGCAACCAUGGUGAUGUGAGAGUCUGAUUGAAUCCUAGCGUGACUGAAAACCUUAUGUGGAUUUUGGUAUCACACAAAUGCCUAGGGGAGAGUGACCCUAGGCCUUUGAUAAGAACACAGUCACAUUUAUGCGUUAAUUUUGAAUUACUCCUUUUUUUGUUGUUGUUUGAUUGUUCAGAUUUCAGGCUCAAUGUCAUUGUGUUUUCUAAUGACCAUGCCAUUUGCACCGUGGGUUGUUAAUAGUUUAUGCACUGAAAAGUGGAAGAAUUACUUAAGAACACACUGCUCUGUGUUUGUGUGUACGUACGUAUGUGUCCCAAUGUCCAGCAUGUAUAAUUUACCUUUUUUUUUUAAAUCUCUAAAAUUGUCCCCCUACUCCUACCCCUGGAGCAGCACUUUUGGGUGAGAGGGAGAAACGCUUUUUUCUUUCCUCCCUCUUUGUUGUUUUAAUUGCAUACCUGUGAGAUAUGCAGAUAACGUUAGGGCAUUUGCAGUGAGUGUGCUUGUGUGUUUCUGUUCCGAAAUAACUUUCCAACCAGAAACUCCCUUUGAAAUAAUGUUUAAAAAAAAUAAUUAAGAAAUGGUGAACUGGAUGCUCCCUGUUUGCAUUUUAUUUAUCUGCUGAAAUCUAGUACAUGAAAUAGCAUUUGAAAGACAAAAAUAAAGGUUGAGCCAUAAAGCAAAAGGUAUAUAUUCUCUGUAAUAUAGACUUUCUUCUUGAGGGUGGUGCAUGUUGUCAGGGUAAGCUACAGAACGUGCAGAUGGUUUUUCAGGGCCCUGCAAUUCCUUGCACAGUUUUUAAGCUGGUGCAUAUGGUGCUUUAUAAUGCAAUUUCUGAAGUAAAAUUACCUUAUGCUGCACCCCCUUCCCCUUAUGAACACACGCACAAUUUCAGAAUCGUUAUUGUAGCCUCUGGUUUAGCAGUUUCUCCAAGGUGUGUUGAAGUACCAGGAUAAACACUCGAGAUGAGCUGAGAAGUGUCACCAAAAGGGAUCAUUUUAGCUGACGCACAUGAAGGGCCCUGCUCUGAUCACUGAAUGACUUCUGCAGUCUCCUGGCAGCAGCGCAGCAGGCUCAUCUUCCGUGGCUCUGCGGAGCACUGGGGGGGGAAGCAGCGAAAUAUUCAGUGGCUUUAUCACGGACCUGUGUAGCUAAAUGUUUCUGAAUCUAUGAAAUCCUGUUGUCUUUGGUCAUCAUGCUUUGUCACUGUAAAACCAACGAAAAGGAAAAAAAAAAGCAUUUUUUAGUCUAAUUUAAGGAGCUGCUUCUUUUAUAGCACAUAAUAUUUCGCUUUGUACUAUAUUUGAUAGUUAAAGAAUAAUUUAGUCCGUAGAAUAACUUUGUUGUAUUUGUACUGUUCAUGAAUGUUACAAGAAAAGUGCUUUACUUUGUUGCCAUAAUUCUCUUGUACUGCUGUAAAAUAUUUUUUCUGCUUUAUGGAAACUUAACUCGGUUCACAUUUUCAGUACAGGGUUUUUUGUGUGUAUGUAAUUUUUUUUUUUUUUUGUCAGUAUUCUGAAUGUUUACAUCUGUUCAACAUUAGCCAUUCUAUGCCUUUAUAGGGCAGUAUUACUCCUGCAGUAUAACAGCAAUGUGAAAUCCACUCGUACCUAACAUGCAUGAGAAAUACAGAUUUAUUGGGGAGAUCCCUAAUGUGCAUAGAUACUUUUUCUAUCUGCAUUUAGUGAAGUAAAUACCCUCCUUCAGUCCUCUACCAAAGAAAAUGUUAUCCCCACAGGACAAGCUCGGAAAGUGGUUCUCUGAAUUUUCAGAAGGGGGUGUAGUUGGUUUCAGCAAGAUUGCUACAGUUUGAUGCUGUUGUGCUUUGCUUUGUUACCCCACCAGAUGUGACUGGGUGAAACAAGCAUUUUAGCAAUUUUUUGUGUUUCAAGACAGUGUUUUGUUUAGAAUUCAGGGAUCAUGCUUUCUUUAAUGGUGCUGUUUGUUUUAUUAUUUUUUUUAAGAAAACAACCUUUUGUUGCCUACAGAAAUGACCAUUCACAAAACCAUAAAUUAAUAAAAUAAUGUGUC